AUGUUCAGUUCAAAGCAAAUACCAAUAAUAUACAUAAAAAAAAUAGAUGAGGUUAAGAAAAUGAUUGAUUAUAUUGAAAAUAUUUAUUCUGACAAUAAAGAAAAAAAAGACAAUUUAAAAAAAAUUUUUGGAAAUAAUCAUGUUGGUAAUUUACAUAUGACAAAUGAUUAUGAAAAUAUCUUUAACUACUGGAACUUUUUUCAUUUUAAAAAUAAAUCAAAAUUAAAAGAAAAUACAAUAAAUAAAAAAAAAAUUGAAAAUUUAGAUAGCAUUAAUAGUAAUUAUACUGAUAUUUUUAAGUUCUGUUCUAAUGAAAACCAAGAAAUUAAUAUUAUGGAAAAAAAUAUAAUAGGUAUUUAUAUUCCUUUAAAUAAAAAUAUUUAUUCUUUAAAAUUAAAUUAUUUUUAUGUUUUUAAAAAUCUGAAAGAAUUAAUGAAUGGUAAAUUGUUUUAUGAAAUAUAUUUUAUUUUACCUAACUGUAUUUUCCUUUUUUCAUUUAUUGAAGUUUUUAAAAAAUUAAUCUAUCAUGAAAAAAUUAUUGAAUAUAUAAAAAAAAAAAAAAAAAAAGAGAUUAUUAAAAUAAGAAAUAAAAAUAAUUUACUUAAAAAAAUUUAUGAACGAAAAUUAAUCAUCAUAAAAAAAGAAAUAAAGGAAGAAUUUGAAAAGGUAUUCUUUAAUAAAAAAUAUAUAAAAGUUUUAUAUGAAGAUUCGAUAGAAUUAUCUUCAUUUUUAUUUUAUUUUUUAAAAGUAAAUACUAUUAAUUUUAUUGAUUUACAUCAUUUAUAUCAAUAUAUAAUAUCUUUAUAUGGAUUAAAAAUAUUGAAACACAAUAUAUUUUCCGCUAUUUAUAUUUUAUUUCCAGAUAUUUAUAAUAAUACAUUAAUAUACGAAUAUAAAAUAGUUGAAAAUGAGAAAAGACAAAUAAAUAAUGAUAAAGAAAAUAAAUUAAAUUUAGAAGAAAGUAAAAUGAGUUAUAAUACAGAUAGCAAUUUUAAAACAUUAAAUGAACAUUUUUACAAAAAAAAUAAGAAGAGAAUUAUUGAUGGGAAUCAUGAGAAUAUUAACAAUCUUAAUAAUUUUGAUAACUUAAUAUAUAAGAAAGUGGACAAUAAAAAUUUUGUUACUGAAAUAGAAACAUGUGGUUUAAAUAAUAAUUAUAAUAUAAUAAAAAAGAAGGGAAAAUUUUUUCAAUUAAAAAAGAAAGUUAUACAUAUAUAUAACUCUAAUGACAAUAAUGAAAUAAUAAAUUUUGAAAAACAAUUGAUAGAAAUUUUGUAUAUAUUUCCAUGUACACAUAAAUUAUUAAUUAAAUAUAAGGAUUUAGAAGGACACAAUAUAUGUUACAAAAUGAAUGAACUAAAUAAAAAAUAUAAGUUAUUAAAUAAUUUUUUUAAAAAAUAUUAUGAUAAAAAAGAUAAAUUUCCUUGUAAUACUAAGCUAAAAAGAAAGGAAAGAGACAAAGAAUUUAAUGAAAACAGUAUUUGUAACAACAAACUUAUUAAUUCUUUAUAUAGUACAUUAAAUAUUACUGAAGAAAUAAUAUAUGAUCAUAAAUUAAUUAUAGGAAAAAAUAUAUAUGCAUAUAUAUAUGAAAUAAAUACAACUAGUAAAAAUAUUGUUUUUCGUUUUAAUUUAAAUUCAAGAAAUAUUAUAUUUCGAAAUAUCAUAUCUUUCAAAGAUUGUCCCAAUUAUGAGAAUAACAAAAAAGUAAAUAAAUAUAAACACUUAUUAAAAAAUAUAAAUAAUAAUCUUUAUUUAGAUAGCUCAAGUGUAUUAAGUAGAAAUACUAAAUUAUAUAAUUAUAAAAAUAAUAUAUUGGUUGGAUUAUUAUACGAUAAAGAAAAUAAUUUUGAUUAUUUUUGUGAUAAAAAUGUAGGUGAUACUGUUUUUUGUACAAUUUGUGAUAUUUCUUCAUGUGGAAAAUAUUUAUAUUUACAGAGAUAUGAUUCAAAAAAUCUUAUUUUUCACUUUCGCAAAGAAAAAUAUAUUAAUUUAGAAAAAAAUUAUGAUUAUGAUGAUAUUACAAAAUUGAAUGAAGAAAUAAUAAAAGAAAUAGUGUGA